AAAUGAUUAUAUCAUCUUAUGAUGAAUUAGAUGAUCAAUUCAAUGAUAAUGAUAUCAUGAUCAACCAAAAUGUAGUCAUGGAACCCGAAGAAAUCAAUAAUGAAGAACAAGACCAAGUCAAAGCAGAUAUUGCUAACCAAAAUCUCGAUUACUAA